CUGCUGCUACUGCUGCUAGUUUUUAUUGUUCUUUUUUCUUUUUCUUUUAGCUGCAGCAAUCUGAGCUCCGCAUUUGUGUCGUGUCUCAUGUCUUUUUGACGAUGCUAAUAGUGGUAGUAGUUGCUGUGAUAGCUGCGAGCUCUGGUUAGUGGCUUGUCAAACAGCUGUUUUUUUAUAUUACAUACAUGUAUGUAUAUUUAUUUAACUGGUGCAGAGCCUCCCGGGUUGAGUGAUUGUGUGCUAGCCCCAGUGGAUCGGAUCGCCUCCUCUGCUCAGUGGGUGGUCUUUUUCUGAGUCGACGUUAGAAACUCCUCGAUUUUGGAGUAGUAGGGGGAGGGGGGAGUUUGGUUAUCUGAGAGUGUAGGGUCUAUAGACUGGAGCAUCGUCUCGAGAGAUGAUUGGUGGUGGCGGUGGAGUUCGGCUCAAAGCUAUUGAGGAGGUUCGUAGUUCAAGCACGCGAGAGAGAAUCUCGUGGUGAUAUGAAGGUUUCGGUGCUUGGUUGGGGUUUGUGGAGUGGGUAGCGACGAGGGAGUUGGGAGGAGUUGCGAUUCCAGGGGCCAAAUUUCACGCCGGGGGUCUUGAUUUGCAGGACGGUGGUAGUUGACGCUGAUAUCGGUGUUGUUGCUACUUCGGAUUGCAGAACUAGGUCAUUUCGUCGCUGUGGGUUGUCUUGGCGUAUUUCGCAGCUGCUUGUUGUGAAACCACUCUAGAAAAAGGUUAAAUGGUUCCCAUCGGGUGGGGAGCUGUGUUUCUGGGCCUCCUUAGUCUCGUGCUUGAAUUGGCUGCGGCCUCGGAAGGGUUGACGAUUGGAAGGACUGGUGGCACCGUGCUUGCGAGUAGGAUCGAUUCUCGAAGGAGCUUGCACGAGGAAAAUGUGACUUGCCCUUUGGAUUUCUCAUUCUUGAAGAAGUUUCCAUGGAUCAGGGAUGUUUGCAACGAGGGAGCAAAAACGCCGGGCUGCUGCACCGCAGCUUUGGCAGGCAUGGGGCUGGGAAUGGCCAAAUAUUUGAAGGAGACGGAGCUCUUUCAUCUUCAUGAUCUGCCCACAUCAAAUGCAUGCUUGAGUUCCUUCCGCAUUAACCUGCGUCGAAUCGGGUUGCAACGUGACAUUGUCCAAGAUUGCUUCGAGCAGCAACGAACUCUGGACAACUACAGCGCCUACUCGUUCCUUUACAAUCCUCAUGAGUGCCAAGGCAUCUAUACUGUAAAAGAAUUCCGAAGUGUGCAAGCAGCUGCUGGUUCUAUGUCGAUGGAUACCUCUUGCCAAGGUACUUUGUCUGUAGGCCACUGCGGUCCUUGUGUGGAAGAUAUGAUGAUCGCAGUAGACAAGAUGGGAACUUUAAAUUCCUCGACAGGGACCAACUGCUUUGAUUAUGUAAUAGUCUAUGUAGCUGGAAUUGUUAACAAUGACGGCCCCUGGGGGGUCCAGACUGCUCGAUGCCUCUUCGGGGCUGUGGUUGAAAGUUCAAGCCAAAAGGGGAGGCACAUGGGUGUGUACAUCGGCUUCGGUGUUGGAAUUGCGGUUUUCAUCCUGAUAAUCCUUUGCGGGCUAAUCUUCUUUGCCAGGCAGCACCGCAAAGAAACUGCCAUAAAUCGUGAGUUCGUGACUCGAAACAACUGUAUGUUGCAAUCCAAUGGCAUAACUCCAGUGUGGUUCGAAUGGUCCAAUAUCAGAUCCGCUACUCGAAAUUUCUCACGUGAUCGUCUCCUAGGUGGGGGCAGCUAUGGGAGCGUGUACAAAGCCACGUUCAAGGACGGCCGCACCGUGGCCGUGAAACAGUUCAGGAACUGCACUCCCGAUGGGGACCCUGGAUUUCUGAACGAAGUAGAGGCUCUAAUCAAAUUGAAGCACAGGAAUCUCGUCAAUCUCCAGGGCUGUUGUAUUGCAAGCAGCCGACGUUUCGGCCAUCAGCGUCUCCUAGUAUAUAACUACAUGAGCAAUCGCAGCUUGGCCGACUAUCUCUUCAAUCCCUUCAACCCCGUCCUUUCCUGGGAGCAACGACAGAACAUCGCCAUCGGCGUGGCGCAAGGCCUCGCCUACUUGCACACUGAUACUGAGCCCCAGAUCAUACAUCGUGACAUUAAAUCUUCCAACAUCCUCCUCGACGAGAACUUAGAUGCUCAUGUCGCAGACUUUGGCCUCGCAAAACUAGCUUCCGAAGAAAAUUCGCUUCAGACCUCCCACCUCAAAGGCACACUAGGCUACGUCGCACCGGAAUAUGGUUUGUAUGGGCAGUUGACGGAGAAAAGUGACGUCUACAGCUUCGGCGUGUGUUUGCUAGAGCUCCUCAGCGGCCGCCCUGCACUCUUGAUAGAUCCUAAAAAAACUGAGCAGAAUGUGGAAACUCCUGACCCUAACUACUUUAUCACCGAGUGGGCGUGGUCUCUGAUUGAAAGAGACUGCGCCAUCGAUGUCAUAGACUCCAGGAUCCGCGUCACAAGAAACCACCAUUCUAGUAUGAUGAUGAAGAGGUAUUUGAUGGUGGCGAUGUUGUGUGCUCAUGUUAUGGUGUCUAUGCGGCCGACAAUGCGUGAGGUAUUGCGCAUGCUAGAAGGCCAUUCUGAGGUCCCAUUUGCCUCUGUCUUAGAACGUCCUCUUCUACCUCUGUCCUGUAAAGCCUCUGAUCUUGCAAAACUAGGACACUACGAAGCAUUGGAGUGGCCGGCAAGCCACAAGAAUGCACCAAGCUAGUGCAAAUAUUUUCCUCAGUUCUGGGUCUUCGAAAAUAUUGGAGAGUUGAUAUCUUUGUGCACAAGUGUGCACAGAUGGACAGAAACCAUCAGCAUUGAACUGUCUGCAAAGGCUUUUUUUCAUACUGUGAUAAUGUGGAACUGCAAUUAGAGCGAAGAUCACAUUGCAAUAUUGCGCUGCAGAUGUUGGUUCUCUUCACAAGAUGGAUACGUUCUUGGAUCUACUCACUAAAAUACAUGCGUUGAUGUGUAGGACCUUGCUGAUAAUUAGCAUCCCCAAGUCCCAAGUGAAGAGUUUGCUUUGUAAGAUUCAUAAUGUUAAUACACAUCUGGGACUUGUAUUUUUGAGAGA